AUGGCGGCAGGCAUGCGAAAUGGCGAAGAUCCUGCGGUGGGUUCAGCACGCCUAGAAGAUGCUCCUGUCAAUAUCAAAGAUUCUGAUGAGGACAGCGAUGGUGAAGGGGUGAUGAGGGACGAGUGGGUGCGGAACGGGAACGGGGCGAUCAAAAAACUCAGGGGGAAGGAAGUGGAGGUUCCGGGCACCCCCCCUCGCAGAGCGCUGGGCAUCACUCAAGGGGUUGUAAACCUGCUGGAAAGCAUGGAGGUGCAUACCAUGGGCCUGCCGGAGUCAAACGGGUUGAACGAGCUCAGAUGGCGGUUGAUGGCGCGAGCGCAGCGGUGGUGCGGGAUGGUGUUGGACAUUGCAUUCCAGCUGAAGCAAUGGUCGAUCCUUGAUUGGCUGCCAGCCGGGGGGGAGGGGCCGAAGAUUGUGCGGGGCAUGCCUGUCGACCCGCUGCUGCCCCAAGAUGUGCCAGGGGGCUACUCUAACGAGCUGAGACUCCCGCACGUGUGCUCGCGGCUUGCGAUUGUGUUGCUCAUAACCGGCAUGCGCGAGACGUACAGCCGGCUUGUCCUCUACCUGGUAGACUGCGCCAGCUUCAUCAACAUGUCCCAGACUCACGAUCAUG